AUGUUCCUCAAACUGUUCAUGGUCUCUUUCAGGUCCAGCUGUUCAGCGUCCAGUCCAGAACGGGCCGAGUUCAGAAGAGCUGGAGGUCCAGAGACGAUGAACCGUUUUUUCCAAGCCGUUGUUAGAUGCCAGUGUUUCUGUCAUAACUGCAAAGAUUUGAUUUCAGAAGCAGUAUCAGCCCCGCCCCCUCCCCCACCUCCUCUGCCUGUGGGCGGGUACGGGGGCCACGCCCAGGACGAUAGCCACACCCCCACGGGUCUCGCUGCCAUGAUCGCCGGAGCCAAACUACGCCGUGUGCAACGGACGGAGGAAAGCUCUGCGUCCGGAGCCAAAAGCGAAGCCAACCGGAGCAGCGGCGGAAGCGGAGGCCUGAUGGAGGAGAUGAACGCGCUGCUCGCUCGCAGACGGAAAGCAGCAGAUGAGAAGAAGGACGGAGAAAGCCCAAGCGAGGAUCGCGCGUCUCGUGGACAGAACGCCGCAGAUGCAGUGAAGAAGCCGUGGGACCGAGCCAGUUCAGCCGAGAGGUCCUCGCUGGUGUCCAGGGUUCGAGCCGUGGGCAGCAUCAGCGACUCAGACGCCUUAGACUUCGACAGAAUGAAACAGGAAAUCUUGGAAGAAGUGGUUCGUGAACUGCACAAGGUGAAGGACGAGAUCAUUGAUGCCAUUAGACAUGAGCUCAGCAGAAUCAGCACCACAUAGUGUCCAUCUCCUCCGAGAGCCCAAGCUGUAGCCACGAGAGCCGGACGUUACCGCCGUAUUAAAGCACACGGACUCACGGCGUGCUGGUUUUAACACGUCUGCAACGUCGAGGAGCGGUUGAUGAAGCAGGGACACUUACACUGAUCUUACUGUUCCUGGUGUACACUGAUUCUAGCGGCAGUCUUUUGCAGAAACUGAAGAAAAUAGAACAAACAUCUGGAGUCCUUUUAUGUUGUCUGCAUCAUCAUCAUCAUUAUUAUUAUUAUUAUUAUUAUUAUUAUAGGUGUAGUUGUAGUGUUUUCAUGUAGGUAGACAUAGGAAUUGAUAAUAAUAAUAAUAAUAUCAUUGCACAUCACAUUUUCAUUUUCCUUAAGAUUCAUCAUGAGCACAUUCCUCUUGUUUUUUAAGAGUUUUCUCCUUUUUGCCAUGAUGUGUUGAUCUGAAGGAGGGGUUUAAACACGUCUGAAGUAUUUGUGAUCAUGUUGUUAAUCGAGUGUUUAUCGGCUGCGAGGACAUGAAGUAUUGUUCUGUUUUAUGAUUUCUGUUUUUGACCAAGUGCUUCCCGGUUUGAAAAAAAUAACAAUAAUAAUAAUAAAAGAUAUAC